UUGGAAACAAAAGUGAUUGAAGAGAAUUUCAAUAGAUUUGUCAAUAAAAUAAAACAAAAAGGCCUAGCAGGCAACUUGGUCAGAUUGUAAUUCAGUAAAAGUAAACAAGGGACCAAGGAUAAAAGUCGAACAAACCUGAGAAAAAAAUGUCGUCGCCUUGGUCCAAGGUUAGCAAUGAGCCCGUGCAGACAAUCAACUUGGCGGACAUUAUGUCCGAACAGUAUGCGCAUCGGCUGCACGACCAGGAGCUGAAGCAACAGCAAAAGAGGCGGCAACAAAACGAGACACUUCCCACUGCCACGCCCACAAAUAUUGAGAGUUACUCAAAUGUAGCCAGCACAUCUGCUAAAGCCAGCCAGAAACCGACGCUCAGCGAUGCAGGCGAAUGGGAGAAUUAUUCGAUGCUCCUCAAUGACGAGGGUAAAGAGCAGACCGAACCGUUACCGGCGAGCCUUUUGAGCCUGCUGGAAGAUGAAGCCGAGUCGGAUGCUGUCAUAGCUCAGAUGUUGCAGUCUCAGUUCGAUCACGAGUACAACGAGGAGCUGCGACGCAUCGAACGGCAGCAGAAUAAACAAUCCAAGGUCACGGUGACGCUCAAUAAGUUUCUGCGCAGUGGAGAUGCUGAAUUUCUGCACGAUACAGAAGCGGGCGCAGACGAGGAGGACGAUGAGUUGGCGUACCUAAAGCAGGACUGGGAUUGCUUUGAGACGAACGAAAAGAUGCUAGAGGCCAUACCAAAGUGUGGCUUUAAACUGGAUAAAGAGGGCGAAAUGAUAACCAAACACGAUCCACAGCUUUGCGGUGUGCGCAAUGCACAGCGAGUGAUGUCCUUUCCGCCGGAGUUUCCCACGGGCGAUGGCGCCUGCUUCGACAUGAAGCUAUCCAAUAAAGUCUUCAAUCAGCUGAAAGCUUAUUCGCGUCGUGGUCGUGCGGAUCGCAAAGAAAAGGUAGCCACAGCUGAAAUGGGCGUGGAUGCAGCCACACGUCUGCUGCUCUACAAGUUAAUAAACAAUCAGAUAUUGGAGCAAAUCAAUGGCAUCAUAUCCACCGGCAAGGAGGCAGUUAUUCUGCAUGCCAACUCUGAUGCCAGCUACACAGGCACCAACGAGCACGGCCAUGGCAAUGGAGUGCUGAUGCCAGCUGAACUGCUGCCCAAGGAAUGUGCCAUCAAGGUGUUCAAAACCACGCUGAAUGAGUUCAAGCAACGCGAUCGCUAUAUCAAGGACGACUAUCGCUUCAAGGAUCGCUUCAGCAAGCAGAAUCAUCGCGUCAUCAUUAACAUGUGGGCGGAGAAGGAAAUGCACAAUCUGAUGCGCAUGCAGAGCAUUGGCCUGAAUGUGCCCGAUGUGGUGGUGCUGAAGAAACAUGUCCUGGUCAUGCGCUUCAUCGGAGACAAUCACAAUGCCGCGCCCAAGCUGAAAGAUGCACGUCUGAGCGCCGCUGAGCUAAGCUGCGCCUACGAGGAAAUCGUGGCGGCAAUGCAUAAGCUGUACAAUGAGGCGAAGCUGGUGCAUGCCGAUCUCAGUGAAUACAAUAUACUGUGGUACGAGGGCAAGUGCUGGUUCAUCGAUGUGGCCCAGAGCGUCGAACCGGAGCAUCCCAGCGGCUUAGAGUUUCUGAUGCGUGACUGCGACAACAUUAUCAGCUUCUUCGAGCGCCGCGGCCUGCCCAACAUCUACACCAAGGAGCAGCUGUUCGAGUUUAUUACCGCGCUGAAUGCGGAAACACAUAAUGCGGCCAUGCUGGAACGCAUUCAUACGCGUGGCGCCUCCAUCAAUCAGGCAACGGUGCCCAAUCAAAUGGAAUGCCCCGAUGAGCUGAAGCCGCUCGAAUAUCCCUUCGAGCUGGCCUGGGAAAAGUCAUUGCUGGAGCGACAAAUGCGACACACAGAGGCAGAACGGGACCAGGAGGCGAAGGAGGAGGUAGAGGAGUCCAUUGAUCAAAGCGAAACGAAGCUAAGCAACGACACUGACAACGCCAACAACACUGCCAAAUGUCCUUGAAAUAUGUCAUGCGUG